UAGUACCCAUUGUUGCUAUUGGUGGAUAUAAAUACAAAAACGGCUCAAUAUACGUCGGAUCAUGGAAUACCGAUGGCAAAAGACAAGGAGAAGGACACAUGCUAUUUCCUAAUGGUACAAGAUACGAUGGAAAUUUUGAAAAUGGUCAUUUUCAUGGUAACGGGAUUCUGUCGUUCGCUGAUGGCGCCAAGUAUGAAGGUGAAUUUUUUCAAGGAUGGUUCCACGGCUAUGGAGUUUUUUGGAGAAGCGAUGGUACCCGUCAUGAAGGUGAAUUCAGGGGAGGCAAAAUUUGGGGCUUAGGAUUGACAACGUUUUCUGAUGGCACCCAUGGGUUUCCAAGAAACGAAGGUUUUUUUCAUGACUGCCAAAUGAAGACCAAAACUAAAUGCCCUGCGGUCAUCCAAAAGGCUCAGAGAAUCGCAUUCAGUGCGAAGAACCAAUAUAUCAAAGAUUCUGAUAUUAUACGAUGAACUAAAUAAAUUCAAAUUUUG